AUGCGGAAUGGAGAUUCUAGAAUGACGGAGAGAAAUCGGAUGACGGAGAUCGGAUCUAGUGCAUACGGGUUCGUGGUGACGAAGUCGGCCUUCCAGGUCUGGCGCACUCUGGUGACAACGGGACAAGUGGGGCCGCCCACGAGCGAGCGCGGGCCGGCGCCGGGCGAGCACGCGGCGCCGCGCAGCCUCGGCGACGACGUCUCCUCCGACUCCGACGCGGUGCGUGCCGAAGAUGACGAUGACAUAGCUAUAGUAGAAAAAACUUUAGUGACCAUAGACUUAUCAGAAGAUAUUAGAGAAGAAGAUAAGACUAAAAAAGUAGUGUCUACGAAAGGAAAAGCAGCCGCCAGUUCUAAAACAGAAGGCCAUGGUCACGAGACCGGAGAAAAAGACGAAAUAAUGAUUGUGGAGAAUGCCACUGCAAAUACGUCUGAUAACCGCACAGUACUCUUACAGAAGCGAAAGUCAAGCAAACAUGGCAACAAACCUGAUAAAAACCACCCUGCAUGUAGUAAAUGCAAGAAAGUAGCAAAACAAAUAGAUAAAACUAUAGACAAAAAUAAAGAGAUAGUAGAUCUAGACGCACCGAGCCCUCCUACAGAUGUUUUAGAAGCUUUGCAAGACUUGGACGUUAAUAAUUUUGAAACGACAAUAGUGUUUGAUAGCGAUGAUGAAGAUGUUAGACCAAAUGUUGAUAAAAAAUCGGAAGUUUCUAAUGAGCCUAAUGAAGAUAGUGUUCCUAGUACAAAUGAUAAUGAAUCUCAGAUGAAUGAGAAGGCAGAAAAAAGACAUCAAAGAGCAUCUAGUGAUUCAAGCAAUGGAAAUUUGGUUAUAGAUGAUGACGCUAACAUUGAAUCUGAGAGCAGUAAUAGUGAUUCAGAAGACAAAACCCUAAGACGUAGUAACAUGAAAUACAAUAUUUACGACAAGAAACGUUUUCAUGAAUAUUACCCGAAUGCAAAGAAGAAAGUAAAAAGAAGAACAAAGAUAAGUGAAGUGACAGUAAGUGAUCUUAUUAAAGAGGUGACAGGGAAGACUAAUGAUGUUGAAGAAAACGCGGAAUCAAGUUCUGAUGAUGGCAGUCGCAGCAGUGACAGCUCGGGGGGGAAAGAGAGGGAAAUGGGAGAAGAAGAGGGGAGUAUUGAUCCGAAGCUGCUCAUGUACGCAGUAGUAUUACUGGAAAGAAUCGACGUAUGUUCACCUCGUCCCGUAUCACGGGUAUCUUCUAAAUCACCAUCAACAACAACACCACGCUCUUCAUCCCCAGAAUCUCUACCAAUAAAGACGGAACCAAUUCUCUCACUGUCUAGGUCACCUAUAAGAGAUACAUCAUCACCAGUACCACCUAUGCCUGAAAGAGCAUCUUCUCCACUUUUAUCUAGAAUAAGCCCACCCCCACCCCUUGGUCCAUCUCCAGUGUUAUCUAAAAUAACCACAACCCCACCCCUUGGUCCAUGUCCGGUGUUAUCUAAAAUAACCACAACCCCACCCCUUGGUCCAUGUCCGGUGUUAUCUAAAAUAACCACAACCCCACCCCUUGGUCCAUCUGCGGUGUUAUCUAAAAUAACCCCACCCCCACCCCUUGGUCCAUGUCCGGUGUUAUCUAAAAUAACCACAACCCCACCCCUUGGUCCAUCUCCGGUGUUAUCUAAAAUAACACCACCCACCCACCCACCCCCACCCCCAUCUCCACUCUUCACCAGAACCUCGCCCCCACCCCUUAGUAUAUUAAAACCCGAUCCCCAUCCAGAUUCCUUAUUCCAUUUUUUCGCUACAACUUUGCCUCCGAAAUUCGUUUUCUACAAAAAUAACAUACCAUUAUUGAGAAUGUGUAAGUUCUGUUCCGUGGUGCUGCAAAGAAUCGAUUUGACUGAUAAGGGGAAAAUGGGCAACAGAGUAGCGAAGAAAGUGGAGUUGCCGGAUAUAGAGGAAGUGAGAAGAAAUAAUAGGAGCAUGUUGACGGCGCAGGUCGCGCCGCGCCGAGCGAGACGGACGUCCGGCUCGACUCCCUCGCCAUCUAGCGGCUCCGACUCGGACUGGACCCCCGACGCGAGCGACAGCUCGGCCGUCCGGAGAGCACAGCGACGCACCGGGGAAUCGGGAUCCGACUCGAGAACACAACGACAUAACACGGACGAGUCGAGUUCCGACUCGAGAGCGACACAGCGACGCGACACGGAGUCGGAUUCCGACGAGGGCUUGCAGAGAGCGUCACAGCGACGUACCGCGGACGGUUCCAUGUUCGGCGUGUGGAGAAGGCGCCAGCGGGUCAAGGAAGCCGAACUGCAGCGGAUGCUUGACAACUUGGCCGGUAUAGAUGGCGAUAAAGAUUGCGAUCACAUCAAGUCAACCAGUAUGCGAGGACCCGCGGCCGCGGUGUUGUCGUCCAACUGCGCGCGCUGCGCGGCGCGCGUGCUGUCGGCUCCACCAAUCAGCGGCCACGAGGCGCGCCUGCAGCGCCAGCUGCUGCGCCGCGCCGCGCGCAUGGCCAGGACACCCACGCGGCCACGAGGCGCGCCUGCAGCGCCAGCUGCUGCGCCGCGCCGCGCGCAUGGCCAGGACACCCACGGUGAGUCUCAUACAGCGCGCGUGCUGGCCGCGCCGCCGGGCAGCAUGGCCAGGACACCCACGGUGAGUCUCAUACAGCGCGCGUGCUGGCCGCGCCGCCGGGCAGCAUGGCCAGGACACCCACGCGCGCGUGCUGGCCGCGCCGCCGGGCAGCAUGGCCAGGACACCCACGGUGAGUCUCAUACAGCGCGCGUGCUGGCCGCGCCGCCGGGCAGCAUGGCCAGGACACCCACGGUGAGUCUCAUACAGCGCGCGUGCUGGCCGCGCCACGCGCAUGGCCAGGACACCCACGCGCGCGUGCUGGCCGCGCCGCCGGGCAGCAUGGCCAGGACACCCACGGUGAGUCUCAUACAGCGCGCGUGCUGGCCGCGCCGCGCGCAUGGCCAGGACACCCACGGUGAGUCUCAUACAGCGCGCGUGCUGGCCGCGCCGCCGGGCAGCAUGGCCAGGACACCCACGGUGAGUCUCAUACAGCGCGCGUGCUGGCCGCGCCGCCGGGCAGCAUGGCCAGGACACCCACGCGCGCGUGCUGGCCGCGCCGCCGGGCAGCAUGGCCAGGACACCCACGGUGAGUCUCAUACAGCGCGCGUGCUGGCCGCGCCGCCGGGCAGCAUGGCCAGGACACCCACGGUGAGUCUCAUACAGCGCGCGUGCUGGCCGCGCCGCGCGCAUGGCCAGGACACCCACGCGCGCGUGCUGGCCGCGCCGCCGGGCAGCAUGGCCAGGACACCCACGGUGAGUCUCAUACAGCGCGCGUGCUGGCCGCGCCGCGCGCAUGGCCAGGACACCCACGGUGAGUCUCAUACAGCGCGCGUGCUGGCCGCGCCGCCGGGCAGCAUGGCCAGGACACCCACGGUGAGUCUCAUACAGCGCGCGUGCUGGCCGCGCCGCCGGGCAGCAUGGCCAGGACACCCACGCGCGCGUGCUGGCCGCGCCGCCGGGCAGCAUGGCCAGGACACCCACGGUGAGUCUCAUACAGCGCGCGUGCUGGCCGCGCCGCCGGGCAGCAUGGCCAGGACACCCACGGCAUUCCCUGCGACGACUUCCACUGCCACCACCCCUGCCGCCGCCGUGCCUACUACAGCUCCCGCUGUUACCACCGCUGCCGUUUCUACCACCGCUGCCGUUUAUACCGCCGCGGCCGUUUCUACCACCGCUGCUGUUUCUACCGCCGCCGCCGUCACCACCGCUACGCCCACUGUUGUUAUGACUAAGGCUCCGGAAAUUAUACAUAGAGCUAAAAAAAGCAAGAAACGCCCGCACUCCCCCUCCCUCCCCCCGCGGCCCCGCUCCCCGCCAUCUCCCGUAGACCCGGAAGCCGCGGCGCGCGAGUGGCUCCGACAGAAGAAUAUAGCCGCAGAGAAGUUCGGCAUCAAGCCCCGCAGUUACAAGAAGAUUGCUCCUGUGGUUCAAGAUAGCGCACCAGCCACUAUACAGCCUAUAGACGCUAGCAGCGAUACGGUACCGAAACCGCCCCAACAAUCAAACGAGAUCACAAUAUUACUGACCAGCAACACGGAGGGCGCCGCUGUCAUGCCUCUCACCGAGGAGAACCUCGCCAGACACACCGGACAGGUCUUCAGAACAGCUCCCAGCAGCACCACACCGACGCUCUUCAACCCGUCAGCUGUUGCGGACAUUAAUAAAAAACUAGGAGCUCUAGCCCCCACGAAAACUCUAGAUUUUCUACCAAUCCUAAAACCCGCAAACACUGAUAAACUACAAACUACAAACGCGAAUGUAGGAUUUCGACCAGUAAUAACUACUACAAGAAUCAAUGACGAUUUCCGACCGGUGAUAACCAACGUGCAAUCUCUCGCCAGUUUGCCGAAGACAACUGUCAAAAUAGUUCCGAGAGAUAUGCCUGAUUUAAACAAACCUGAAGUGUUCGCGGUGGUCAAUAAAAAGGACCCGAAAGCAAGCAAGAAUAUUAUAAUAAUACCUUCGGCCCGAAAUCCGCCUAAAAAGCAAGAGGAAGCGAAAACUAAAGAAAACACAGAAAACUUACCACAAUUGGUAAAUGUUUCUGGCGGAGUACAUUUACCACCCUCAAGUGUGGGGCAAGGACUACAUCUAGUUGUAUCACAGUCUCCGCAAAAACACACUAUUUUAAAUUUUCAGCCAAGUAUAUCUCAAAAAAAUUAUAUACCAAAUAUAGUGGUAUCUGGUAGUAUGAUUCAAGGAGUGGAAACCAGACCGAAGUUUACUAAUAACUCUCGUCCGAAUUUGGUCACGUCCAUGUCGCAGAGACCACCGUUGAUACUGAACUCGGUGUUGGCUGGGCAGUCGUCACAACAACAGUUUACGUUGUUAAACUCGACACAAGUGCGCGCCGUGCCGCGCUCGUCCACGGUAGUGACAACGUCGCAGCCUAAUGUCCUGUUUAGUUCUAUGCCAGGUCACACAAUGAAUUCGACGCCGAUGGUGGUGCGAUCCGUGCAGGCGGGGCCGACGGGCGCGCCUAGUGCGCCACCCCCCUGGGCACGCGCACAACCGUCUAACUCCACACCCGCACAACCCCCCAACUCCCCACCCGCACUACCCCCUAAUCCCCCACCCGCGCAACCCCCUAAUCCCCCACCCGCACAACCCCCUUGGUUACGCGCACAACCCCCUAACUCCCCACCUGCAGAACCCCCUAAGCCCCUGCUCACACAACCCUCUGCUAACCCCACGCCUGAGGAAGAGGAUACGUCUAAAGACGGUGAAAUUGUAAUGUCAUCCUGCCUGGAAUUCUGCCAGCGUCCUCAGGCCUCGAGCACCUGGUGUGAAGGCCGAGACUCCACCUCCCUCGUCGUGCUGUGUACGGCCGCGGCCGAAGAAGGUGUUUGGUACAUCAAGACCGGCGUGCAACAGUGGUACUUGCUGGUGUGUGAUGAGGAAAAACCACCAGCGGAGGCCGAAUACUGGGCGCUGAGGCCUAGGGUUCGGCUUGCACUACCGGGCAACGAAGGGAACAACGAGGGGGAGGGGGACCCCGCCGCGAAGAGACUGAAGAUGUCGGACUCGGACUCGAACCCCGCGCCCGAGGCAGCGCCCGCCGUCAAAACUAGUUACCUGAAAGUGAAGGCGUUCGCCCGGAUGAUGCCGGACCCCGAGAAGGCCCGUAAAGUGGCCACCGGGCCCCGGGAGGCCGAGGCUGCCAGGCCCCGGGAGGCCGAGGCCAAGAAGCUUCUAGCGCCGGCGAGAGUGUACGUCAAUAAUAUGAUCUACCAGAAGAUGAGUGAUGACCCGCUCUUCUAUGCCAAGGUGCUGGUGGCGGUGCCGAGCACGGCAGCGUGCCGGGCGCUGCUGGCGCGCGGCGCGCCGUUGCAGAUAUACUGUCUCCAGACUGGCAAGCUCUAUCCUCUCGAGGCCGAGUCAAAGAAGGACGUAUCCCGUAUAACCCUCACCGGAGACGAGGAGGUCUCGGGGGCAUUGGUGGCUCUGGCCAAGCUACUCUUCCGUCCUGACGGGAGGGGGGGGACAGCACAGCUUGUGCGGUGUGCUGCAGCAUGCUCGGCGCACAUGUUCGCAGACUACCUGCGCCCUGCUGCCCCUGAGGACACUUUCCGUCUAGUUGAAAAAAUUAAAGAAAUCCGAGAUGAAAAAUAA